AUGCUUGCUUCUCGAUAUGCGACAGCAGCUGUGCUGCUUCAACUAGCGGCACUGACGUUGGCGCAUGGUGACGACGGACAUCCUGAGGGUGACAUGGGCGGCAUGGAAAAGGCCGAGGCUCCUUCACGUCAUGGCCUGUCGGACUAUUAUGCCAUGCCGAGUUAUGCCGGUUUGGACAUGCACGGCAACAUGAUGUUGGCACAUAUAGUCCUUAUGGUGCUGGCAUGGUUCUUCAUCCUACCCGUCGGCGUCGUCUUUAGCGUCUCCCGAUCGAGGUUCGCUCUUCCGGUGCAAUUCCUUUUCCUCCUUCUCAACGGCUUUGGAGUCUUGUUUGGGACCGUAUACAACGUCAACGUCCCAGAUUUGUAUGAGAACAACGCCCACCACAAGAUUGGCUGGAUCGCAACGUGGAUCGUCACUGCCCAGGUCAUCAUGAGUCUGAUGUUCCAUUAUUCGGGGCGAGGCAAACGAUCAGAAGAGGCCGCAUCUGCUGAGGGUCGGGCUUUUCUGCCGGUAACUGUCGAGAACAUGACACAACACAACACACCGCUGUACUCAGAUCACCGCUGGUCGGGCGACAGUGGCCAAGGAACGGAGGCAUCAUCCACACUGAACAGUCGAGAUGCUUCCCCAAUAAACCCGAAUCGACGAGAUCCUUACAAUGACUUCGAGAAGCCAGAGCCGCAGCCGGAAGCAGAUGAUGAGGAACAUGAGUCCUUGUCGGCAAGGAAGCCUCGAAACAGCUGGCUGCGCUUCAUGGACAAAUAUCUUGCAUCCUGGGUGCCUAAUCUCCUUUCGGCCAAGAUUUUGCGCAUCAUCGAGAUAGUGUACGAAGUCAUUGACAGGACCAUCCUCGUUCUCGGUUUCAUUGCGUUGAUGACUGGAGGAGUUACGUAUGUUGGCAUGUUCCGAGGUGCCAACGUCUUCAAUGGCCUUGCCCACUUUAUCAAGGGCGGAAUCUUCUUCUGGUACGGGUUGUUAACUCUUGGACGUUGGAUGGGAUGCUUUGCCGAGUUCGGGUGGGCGUGGAACGUCAAGCCGACCCGCAGCGAGGUUGGCCAAUGGAAGGCCUCUCUGCCAUCGGCUGAAUUCGUCGAGUCCUUUGUCAUCUGGCUGUACGGCUGUACCAACAUCUUCCUCGAACACCUCGCUGCCUGGGGCGGUGAAUGGACUGCCCAGGAUCUCGAACAUGUCUCCAUUUCCAUCAUGUUCUUCGGCGGUGGCCUGUGCGGUAUGCUCAUCGAAUCGAAGACCGUUCGAAAGUGCCUCAAUGCAGUGGUCGAUAACAUGCCUACUUCACCAGAGUUGCCUCCUACCCAAGCUCUUGAACUGCGCACUCAACCCAAACAAUAUGGCACCUCUCUCAAUCCUAUGCCGGCCUUGAUAAUUCUCCUACUGGGCAUGAUGAUGUCUUCUCACCACCAGGACUCGAUGACGUCCACCAUGGUUCACAAGCAAUGGGGGACGUUGCUCGCAGGGUUCUCCGUUGCUCGUUUGAUCACCUACGUGGUCAUGUACAUCUCUCCCCCUAGCUCCAUCUAUCCCUCCCGUCCACCAACUGAGCUGGUGUCUGCCUUCUGCCUCAUCUCUGGUGGCAUCGUCUUCAUGGCCAGCACCAAAGACAUCAUUCACUACAUGGAGGGUGCCAAUCUUAUGGCGAUGUUUGUCUUCACGGUCACGAUGGGCUUCACGGCCUUCAUCAUGUCUUACGAAGUCUUUGUGCUCUGCUUGAAGGGAUGGGCAUAUCGAAAAGAGCUCAAGGCAGCUCAGAAAUCACGUCAAUAUUGA